AUGCUGUUUGUACAUGCUGAAUGUUCAUCAAAUCCUGGAAUUGUAUGUAGUCAUGAUUAUUUAUUAGUGGAUGAUUGUAUACCUAAUGUUUAUGACGGUAUAAUUAACAAUAUACCAAUAAUUCGUUUUUGUUUAAUCAAUAAUUCCACAUUGAAAACAAUCGCCACAAAGACAAAAACAAAAUUACCAGAAGUAGAAAUGAUCAAUUCAUCAUUAUCUUCUCCUUCUUCGAUCUCCUCUGGAUCCUUUUCAUUGAAUUCAAUCGAUUAUAAUAAAUUAUAUGCACCAAAUUUAUGAUCCAAU